AACUGAUCUCUCGAACAACCACUAAAAAAUGGCACCCAAGUCGAAGAAGGUAGCUCCCUCGCCUUUCCCUCAAACCAAGGCGUCCAACAAGCCGGCUAAGAACCCUUUGUUCGUCAGCCGUCCUCGCUCCUUUGGUAUUGGACAAGACAUCCAACCCAAGCGCGACUUGAGCCGUUUUAUGAAGUGGCCUGAGUAUGUUCGCUUGCAACGCCGCCGUAAGAUCUUGAACAUGCGUCUCAAGGUCCCUCCUGCAAUUGCUCAGUUCCAGAACACCUUGGACAAGAACACUGCUACUCAAGUCUUCAAGCUUCUCAACAAGUACCGUCCCGAGACUCGCGUCGAGAAGACGACUCGCUUGACUGCUGAAGCCCAAGCUGUUGCCGAAGGCAAGACUGCCCAGGAUGUUUCCAAGAAGCCUUACACUGUCAAGUUUGGCUUGAACCACGUUGUUGCCCUUAUUGAGGCUAAGAAGGCUAGCUUGGUUCUCAUUGCCAACGAUGUCGACCCCAUCGAACUCGUUGUUUUCCUUCCCGCCUUGUGCAGAAAGAUGGGUGUUCCCUACGCCAUCGUGAAGAACAAGGCUCGCUUGGGUACUGUUGUUCACCAGAAGACUGCUACCGUCUUGGCCCUUACUGAGGUCCGCGCCGAGGACAAGAGCGAGCUCGCUUCUGUCGCUCAAGCCGUCCAAGCCAACUUCAACGACAAGUACGACGAGGCUCGUCGUAAGUGGGGUGGUGGCAUCAUGGGUGCUAAGACCGAGGCCAUGCUUGCUAAGCGUGCUAAGGCUGCUGCCGCUAAUGGCCGUGUUUAAGCUUCCAUAGCUAAUUUCGACGGGAAAAUUGUAGGUAUUUCGUGGUGACA